GGCCUGGACAACAUUUAGCCAACCCCAGACGUGACUGCGGGGUACAUCAAUGCGGUCACAAGGAACUAGAACGCGGGCUUUCCAUCCCUUAUUCGUACUGGCUCGCUUAUGUAAGCGUCGAUAUUCAACUCCUCCAUAGCAUAGCUUCCGCUCUGCUUUGCCUAAGGGAUUCCUCCGCGGAAAGGGGGGCGCUACGGCUCUGGAUCUUUUCAUCUUUCUUUGAAAAAGCCGAAUUUCCUAUGAAAGCCGGCACAGGAUCUAAAAGGCAGCUCCUUCGCCUCAUCACUCCCCAUCUCGCACCUCUGCUCCUGGCACCUCUCUACACCACAGUUCUCUGCCAGCGUCGCUCCAUUGCACAAUGUCUUCGCGCUCCCACUCCCUCUUUGAGAAGGCAGAAAAGGCUGAGUGCGGCGAGAUCGAGAGUAUUGAGAACGUUGAGAGCGACGAGAUCCCCGAGGUCAAUGCUCUCCCCCCGCCCGCAGCGUUCCAUCAUCAUCACACGGGUCAGCUCAGGAAGCUUGGAAACCCAGGGCCUCUCGGCUUGUUUGCCUUCGCCAGCACCACGCUCAUGCUGUCGCUGUUCAACGUGUCUGUGCGGAACAUUCACACGACGAACGCGAUCCUCGCCAUGACGCUGUUCGUUGGCGGCCUCGCGCAGUUCACCGCGGGCAUGUGGGAGUUCGCGUGUGGAAACACCUUUGGCGCGAGUGCCUUCUCUAUCUACGGUGGAUUCUGGAUGUCGUAUGCGACACUGUUCAUCCCCGGCUCUGGCAUCGCUGCCGCUUACGCGGACAACCCGGAGGACUACGCUACGGCCCUGGGCAUAUACUUGAUGGUCUGGUUCAUCAUUACCUUCCUUUUCGUUGUCGCCUCCACGCGCCGGAACGUCGGCCUUUGCGGCGUGUUCUUCUUCGUGAUGUUGACGUUUAUGCUGCUUGGCAUCUCCGAGCUUUCUGCGUCUCCGGCAUGCGCCAAGGCGGGCGGCUGGACGGGCAUCAUCGCGGCGUUCCUCGCGUUCUACGUUGGCCAGGCACUGCUGAUGGUCCGCGAGGAGAGCUGGUUCACGCUGCCUCUUGGUACUAUUCCUCAGCGGGUCGACUGAUUUCUUUGUCGCGUGGGCACGAUGGCCGUGCUUCAUCUAGAAGCUUGCGUCGCUUCGUGUAUUACUAGUGUAUAUUAGUUAGUUGUGUAUCAUUAUGAGGGUGG